AUGGCUUUGCAAAGAAAAGAUCAAGACAUUUUAAAUGCUAUCUCAUUAGUUGAGUCCACGAAGCGAGAACUACAAAAGUUAAGAGAUGGAGGAUGGAAUUCUUUUAUCGAGAAGGUUUUAGAUUUUUGUGAGAAACACAACACUGAGAUUCUCAACAUGGAGGAAGACUUUAUUGAUCCAAGGAAGCCACGAAAAAAGAUCAACAUAACCAAUUUGCAUCAUUACCAAGUAAAUUGUUUUUAUACCGUUUUGGAUAUGCAGCUUCAAGAGUUUAAUGAUCGCUUCAACAAAGUAAACUCUGAACUACUCGUUUGCACAUCAGCUUUAAGUCCUAUUGAUUCAUUCCAUGAUUCUGAUAUAAAGAAGUUGUUGAGAUUGGCUGAGUUUUAUCCUGAAGAUUUUAGUCGUAUAGAGUGCAUAUCUCUUGAGCAGCAACUUGGUAUUUAUAUUGAUAAUAGAAAGAUUAGAGAAACACAAAAAUAUAAUUUUGCUUUUCUACUAUUGAUUAUUUGUCUUCUUUUUACUCAAUCAAUAGCAAGUGGAUGUGUUUUUAAAGGCUAUUGUACAACUGAUGACAUUUGCAAACACUUAUGCAGAGGCCAUGGAUUAGAUCCAAAGUUUCAAUUGUGUGUUCCUUAUUCUUCAAAAGGAGGCAGAUGUUGUUGCUUACAUUAUGAUGGGGCACCAUCAUCAAGUGAAGAUAUAUAG